GAGAAGAGCACUGAUUGGCCGAGGCAGAAAAGUGCCGCUGCCUCGGCGGUUUCGGUUUUGCCUGCGAUCAUCCGCGGAGGCCGGACUCGUGGGGCGCCUGGAGUGAGGGUUCUGGAUCCCGCCCGCGAGGAUUGUUAAAAUGAGUCUUCGGAAGCAAACCCCUAGUGACUUCUUAAAGCAAAUCAUCGGACGACCGGUUGUGGUAAAAUUAAAUUCUGGAGUGGAUUAUCGAGGGGUCCUGGCUUGCCUGGAUGGCUACAUGAAUAUAGCCCUGGAGCAGACAGAAGAAUAUGUAAAUGGACAACUGAAGAAUAAGUAUGGGGAUGCAUUUAUCCGAGGAAACAAUGUGUUGUACAUCAGUACACAGAAGAGACGGAUGUGAAGACACCAAAAGAGCAACGCUUUUCAUAGUUGGAUAUAUUUUUUUAUGAAUUUUUUCUAAUUUUUCCUUCUUUUGUGAUACAGUUUGUCCUGUUUUUAUAAUAGUUGGUGAUUUUUCACUGACAUGUAAGACAAAUGUACACAAUUGUGGAUUUAAUUGUGAAAUGUUCUGUCACAUUUAAGUUUCAGUCAUUAUACCUCGUUGUCAGUGUACAGAAUGCUAAAAGAAUAAAAAAAAGACAAAAUAUAUCUCUUCCUACAAGAUUCUUUAACUUAAGUUUCGAGGAGCGUCAUUUCAUUUGACUUGCUUUUCAUAUCCAGCUAAAGUGAUGCAAAUAUUUUAUAUAAUGUAUGGGCAUAUAAUUAAAACAUUUUAGAGG